AUGACUGCGGUUCAGCUCUCGCUGCUGCUUCUCCACGCCGCGGCAGCACUCGCCCAGGAUCCCAUCACCUUCAAGUCAACCGGCAACCCGAUCCUCGCCGAUGGCUCUUACUACUCGGCCGACCCUGCGCCGCUGGUGGUGAACAACACUCUGUACAUCCUCGCCGGCCACGACGAGGCACCAGCCGACGACAACUCCUUCGUCAUCAACGAGUGGGAGAUGUUCGUGGCCGACUCGCCCGACCCGGCUGGCGGAUCAGAGUGGACGCUGCAUCCAGGCUUCGCGAAGCCGCACGACAUCUUCUCGUGGGCGGCAGAGGGGACGGCCUACGCCGCACAGAUCGUCGAGGGCCCGGACGGCAAGUUCUACCUGUACGCGCCCGUGACCCAGGCCGACACGUCUGCCGCCGACCCCUUCGCCAUCGGCGUGGCCGUGUCCUCGAGCCCGCUUGGGCCGUGGACCGACGCCCACCCGUCGGGCCCCAUCUUCUCGCAGUCGGUGCCGUCGCCGGGCAACGACAUCCAGAACAUCGACCCCACGGUGCUCGUCGACGACGACGGCCGGGUGUACGCCUACUACGGCACCUUCGGCCAGCUGCGGGGCUACGAGCUGGCCGACGACAUGGUCACCACCAAGGGCGACGUCACCACCGUCGACUCCCUCACCGGCUUCUUCGAGGCGCCGUGGCUCACCAAGCGCAACGGCACCUACUACAUGCUCUACGCCGCCAACAACGCCGGGCCCGACUCGCCCUGCACCCCGACCUCGUACCACGCCUGCAUCGCCUACGGCACCGCCUCGUCGCCGCUCGGCCCGUGGACCUUCCAGUCCGUCAUCCUCGGCGUCGUCUCGUCGACGACGUCGCACCCGGGCGCCGUCGAGCUGGCGGGCGAGUGGUACCUCGUCUACCACACGGCCGACGCCGACGGCGGCGGCCACUUCCGCCGCAGCGUCGCCUUCGACCGCCUCACCUGGGACGACUCGGCCUCGCCCCCGGCCAUCAACCGCGUCGUGCAGACCGAGCGGCCGUCCCUCGCCGACCCGGAGCCCAGCCGCAACGUCGCCCCCGGGGCCGCGGCGUCGUCGGUCAACGAGACGCCCAUCCAGUACUGGGUCGAGUCCCUGCACGACGGCAAGAUCCCGUCGACGCCGCUGCCGCCGGACUACUGGUCGUCGUACGCCGGCGACGCGUCCCCGGAGCUGAGCACCCUCGUCUACACGUGGAACGCGUCCAUGGCGCUCAACGCCGUCCGCAUGGCCUUCUUCGCCGAUCAGGCCGCGGGCGCGAGCGAGGGCGUGCCGCCGCCCGCCGCCUGGCACGUCGAGUUCAAGAACGCGGCGUCGGGCGAGUGGGAGAAGGUGGCCAACUCGUCGGCGUACCCGCUGGAUGUGACGGAUGACCCGGAAGAGGUGCCGUUCGACGAGAUCAGCACGACGAGUAUCCGCGCGGUGCUGACGGCGUCGGGGAGCGGCGGUGCAUUUGGCGGGGUGGGCGUGAAGGAGUGGGAGGCGUUGGCGCCGACGGCCCAGUAG